AUGCUUUCUCGUCCAUCACCCCAAGGUCAACGACUUGAUCUUAUAAGCUUCCUAGCUCAAGAUCCAUUGCCAGCUUCGAUUUCUCACAUUGCAUCUGAAAUCCAAUUCUUGAGAGAAUGCCCUCAAGUAACUACUAACAAGAGAAAGGCCAAGAUGGUCCGUCCUGUGAUCGAAUCGGAUAAUUCUGGUGAAUCCGCAGCAGUCAGCUCCUUCGGUGUUCCUUUAUCAACCACUUCCAAUCGCAAUGGUCGAGUCAAUCGCUGGGGAACUAGAGUCGACGAUGCGAAUGGACAAUAUCCUGGGUUAGGAAAAAUGGUUUUCACUAUGUUGUCUCUCUACCUGAUUACGCUGAUUGUAGCUCUUGAUCGAACAAUUGUUAGGGCUAGUUUGGAUAUACAAAUCCGCACUAAAUCCGCUGAAUAUUCCGUACUUUUUGAAAGCGGAUUUUGAAUUUAUAUUUGAAUGUUAAAUCGCGGAUUCUAUUGAAUAAUUCAUAUUUCAAUGAAUUUAGUAUAUUUUGAAAUGAGGAAAGGGUGGAUUACUCUAAAAUGAUACUAAAU